ACUUUCUACCAUGUGUCAUCACGCCGGAAGCCGAGGAUAGAAGCGAGCAAUCUCCGUUUUGACAUCUCUUUUCCAUCUCAAGUAUGGGUCCGAAGAAACCGUCUGAGAAGCCCGCCGGCCAACCGGCCGAAAAGAAAGAGAAGAAGCCGGCAGCCGCCGCCGCAACGGCUUCCGGAUCUGGCGAGAAGAAACCCGCAGCGGAGAAAAAACCUGCCGCGGAGAAGAAACCUACCGCAGAGAAGAAACCAGCAGCUGCCGCUCCCGCUGAGAAGAAACCCGCAGCGGAGAAGAAGCCUGCUGCCGAAAAGAAGCCGGCAGCGGAGAAGAAACCCGCUGAGGAGAAGAAGGCCGAAAAGCGUGCCGCACCGGCUGGUGAUGCCAAGGCUGCCCCGAAGAAGAAGGCCCCGGCCGCUGCCGGUGCCGCUGCUGCUGGAUCUAGCAAAGCGGCCGGCGAUGCUAAGAAAACCGCACCGGCCGCUGGAGCUGCUGGCGCCAAGAAGGGAGCGAAGGCCGCUCCGGCUGCAGCAACCGCUGCUGCCGCUGCUAGCAAGAAGAAGGCUGCGGAGAAGAAGAGUGCCGCUGCUGCUGCCAAGCCUGCAGCCAAGGGUGCCAAGGCUGCCGCAGGCGCCGGUGCAAAGGGUGGCAAGGCUACGGCUGGUGCUGCUGGCGGAAAGGUAAAGAUUUCGGCCACCACCGGCAAGAAGAAGCCCGAGCGCAAGAUCAACGCCAAGGGCAAGAAGUCCACCAAGAGUCCGAAGCCGAAGCUGACGAAGGAGCAGAUCAAGGCCAAGAUCCAGAAGGGUAUCCAGAAGGCUCGGGCCACCGCUAUGCUGCGCGCCAAGCGUGCAAAGACCAAGCUGGUCAAGGGUCCGUACGGAACAGUGUUGCGCAAGAUUCGCACAUCCGUGCACUUCAAGCGGCCGAAGACUCUACGACUUCCCCGUCGUCCGAAAUACCCGAGGAAGUCGGUCGCCAAGCGCAGCCGCAUGGAUGCGUACAAUAUAAUUAAGUACCCGUUGACGACUGAAGCGGCGAUGAAGAAGAUCGAGGACAACAACACGCUCGUCUUCCUGAUUCACCUGCGCGCCAACAAGAACCACGUGAAAGCCGCCGUAAGAAAGCUGUACGACGUGAAGGUGCUGAAGAUCAACACGCUGGUGCGACCGGACGGCAAGAAGAAGGCGUACGUGCGACUAACGCGCGACUACGAUGCACUGGACAUUGCCAACAAGAUCGGCAUCAUCUAAAAAGUGCUGUUAGUUUUCGUACGUUUGUUC